GUGUCACACAUAAAAACAAUGGUGAAAGAGAAUCAGAAAUGUAUUCCUGAGAUGAAAGUAUGCGUCUACAAAACUAUGGUGUAUACUGGGGAUGUCGAUGGAGCCGGGACGGAUGGGAAUGUCAUGGUACAACUGAUUGGGGAGAAGGGUGCGUCCAAGGAACAGUACCCCGACAGUGCACGGAACGAUUUCGAGAGAGGAGCAGCUGACCCAUUCUUUCUGGAACUGACGCCACUCGGCACUUUGACAGAAGCCAAAGUCAAUCGUACUUCGCAAAAACCGUGGUUCCUGGAAAAGAUAGUGGUGAAAAAAGUCAAUUUUCCGGAGACCUAUACUUUCCAUUAUAACAACUGGGUUAAUGGCAUGGUUCGAAUCCUUGCAAGUUCUGAGUAACAGUACAUACAAGUGACAGGACACCCUGUCACCUGUUCAGCAGCACAGAUCGUCUGGAAAUCUAAUGUUUGUCAAAUAUUGAU